AUGACGAUCUACAUGAAUAGAUUGUUUCGCAAAUCGAAUUCAAGUUUUCUUCUAUCCAGUGGUAAGGCCCUAAAAUCUGAAGUUUCACGAUUCAAGGACGACAUGUUCUUGGUAGAUGCAGGAAUUGGAACCCCGAAAAUGACCAUGCGAGACGAGCUUAGAGGAGUUCCGGGGAGUCAUUCCGCAGCCAGGUUCGAGAAUAAGGUUGGAUUCAUGGAGGCAACGGCCGGCGAAUCUCUAAUCAAAACACAGAUCUUGGAGAGAUUCUUCAUGGAUCUCGUCGCCGGUGAACCGGUGAUGAAAGAGCGAGCUACGGCUAGGUUUAAUGAGAUGGCUGGCUCUACUGAUGCAGUAGCUGGUGAACCGGCGAUUCUUCUUCCACGAAGAUUCACGCAGAAUCAGGCUUGGAUGGAACUGCAAAAGAUCUGGCAAUCGAAUAAAAAGGUCAGAGGAUUUAUCAUGGAGAAAGUUAAAGGUGGUUAUUCGGUUGCAAUCGCAGGUUACAUUGCUUUUCUUCCAUAUCGUAGUCCGUUGAUAGACAGACGAAAAUUAUCGAAUGAUAGAUUCACCAUUGAGACAAUCAACUCGAAAAGGAAGAAAAUUACAGUGUUUUAA